AUGGCAUCGGCCCCUUCACCCCAAUCGCUUCCAGAAGCACCAUGGAAAGCCGAAUUCCUCGCCAACAUCAAAGAGAUGGAUAGUCCCGAGUUCGUCUUCAGCUCAUUGGCACCUGCGCCAAAGGGCAGUACCACGGAGUAUCUUCCACGAGCUCGAUAUUGCAUUUAUCGAUCGAUGUGGGCUGAGUUGCCGGAAAACAAACACAAUGACGCUCCCAUGAACGACCGCGUCUACGAGAGUGACAUGCCCUCGUUUUCGAGUGAUGUUCGUAUGAACAAGGUCUUUGAGCUGUUCGCGAGCUCUGCUGGAAAGGCCGACGAUACUAGUCUCACACAGGGGAGUGGUGGAGGAGGCCCUUGCGAAGCUGUGUGGUGGGUAAAGACGGACAAGACCAAGGUGCAAUGGCGUAUCAAGGGACAUGCGUAUGUUGUGGGAAAUGAUAUUGAGGACGACCAGGAAAGCAGUGGAGUGAGGACUGUCAAAACUGAGCUCUUCUCUCGUAUGCGAGUGGUUAAAGAGGAGGGCAAGCAUGACUGGAGUUGGUCGAAGGAGUUGACUGGCCAUUUCGGCAACACAUCUCCAGGAACGCGAGGAACAUUCAAAGCACCCCCUCCAGGACAGCAAGUCGACAAGCCAUAUAGCAAAGACUUGCAACCCGGUCAGGUCAAAACUUUGGACGAUGAGACCGCRAGAACCAACUUCCGUGUUGUGGUCAUCAAGCCGGAUGAAGUUGAAAAGCUUGACUUGAGCAGCUCUGAUCCUAGCGAAUCCAGACGAUAUGUGUAUACGUUUAAUGGACAGUCGGGAAGCUGGGAUAUGGAGGAGUGCUGGCCUUGA